UAUUGAAAUAGAUUCACUUAAAGCAGAACAACUUCUAAAUAGGUCGAGUGGACAGCAAGUCGAAAUGAGAGAACAAGAUGAAAAGAUUUCCAAAAAAAUCUGUCAAAGUACCAAUGAACUACUACUAACUCCCGCCUUGGACGAUGGCAACAAUGACAAAAAAGAGAUCGUCCCUUCAAUCAAGCAUAAUCUUAGAAAGAUUGAGAGAAAAAAUUAUGCUGAAAACACCUCAUCAGCUGACGAGUUAGAUUUAGAUCAUCUGGAGGAAAAGAUAGUUGGCGAAUUAAAUUCCGAGAUAUCAUCUAUCUAUGAGAACGAAGAUGAAGAAAAUUCUUUAGAUGACAGUUCUGAAGAAGAAGAUACAGCCGAACUUGCAGAUGUGUCAUUUAAUUCUUUUGUUGGUUCAAAAACUGAUAACAAAAAUUAUAAUUGGAAAUUAAAAAAUAAUGAAAGC